AUGGCCUAUCACAAUGCUUUGUUCCAAGGUGUGGAUCUUCAGUGCCAGGUAAACAAUCGUUUCCACCACACCGAGGAAAUGGGCACAGAACGUUUAGUGGUGCGUCGAGGACAGCCAUUCUCUAUACUGCUGAGGUUUAAAGACUCCCCUCUACACCCUCCAGACCACCAGCUUACUCUGAUCCUCAACCUGGGUACACAUGGAGAGGUUGUAGUGAGAGUGUCGGGUUCAAGAGCAGCACAUGGAAAAUGGUGGUUCAGUCAGCAAAUUGCUCAAAGUGAGAUCUUACUGAAAGUUCAUAGCCCUGCUGAUGCCUCUGUUGGUCUGUAUAGCAUGGCUGUACUUUUGCUGUCUGCUGAGGGACACAUCCUGGAGGAGAGCAGCCCUCAUUUCUUUCACCUGAUUUUUAAUCCCUGGUGUCCAGCUGAUUCUGUUUAUCUGCCUGAUGAGGAGCUUCUGCAGGAGUACAUUUUAAAUGAGAAUGGCAUCCUGUACCAGGGAUCAUGGGACGAAAUCACCACUUUGCCUUGGAACUUUGGACAGUUUGAAAAAGGUGUGUUGGACAUCUGUUUUGAGAUUUUGGAUAACUCCCCAACUGCACUGAAAAACUCUGAGAUGGAUAUUGCCAAGAGAGCAGAUCCUGUCUAUAUUAGCAGGACAGUUACUGCAAUGGUAAACGCAAAUGACGACCGUGGGGUGGUAUUCGGGCGCUGGGAUGGCAAGUAUAGUGAUGGUGUGGCUCCUACACGGUGGACUGGUAGUGUUCCAAUCCUGAAGCGCUGGAGCGAGGGAGGUACCCAACGGGUACGUUAUGGGCAGUGCUGGGUGUUCUCCGCUGUGGCUUGUACAAUUCUUCGCUGUCUGGGCAUUCCGACUCGGUGUGUCACAAAUUACUCCUCAGCCCACGAUACCAAUGGGAACAUCUCUGUGGACUACCUGUUCAAUGAGAAGCUAGAGCGCGUGACCGAGGGCAGAAAAGACAUGAUCUGGAACUACCAUUGUUGGGUGGAGUCCUGGAUGAGCAGAGAGGAUCUUCCAAAAGGUUAUGAUGGGUGGCAAGUACUUGACCCAACCCCACAGGAAAGAAGUGACGGUAUAUACUGUUGUGGUCCAUGCCCGGUUCAGGCGGUAAGAGAUGGCGAGGUGGGGAUGAAAUAUGAUGCAGCGUUUGUGUUCUCAGAGGUGAAUGCAGACCUGGUCUGCUGGAUCGUUAUCUCGGAUGGUGAAAAAACAAGAGCAUCAUUGGACAGCAAGAUUGUGGGAAGAAACAUCAGUACUAAGAGUGUGUAUGGAGAUUACAGAGAGGACAUCACUGCCAACUACAAAUACCCUGAAGGUUCUGUGAUGGAACGAGAGGUGUAUAAAAAGGCAGGAAAACAAAUAUCCAGGAAUAACACAGUUCCUGGCAAACUGGAGCUCUCCAUCAAGCAUGCCCAGGCCAUUCAUGGCACAGACUUUGAUGUGAUAGUGGAGGUGUUUAAUGUGGGUGGAGAAGACACACCGGCUGAACUCACAGUCACAUCUAAUGCUGUUACUUAUAACAGUAUUCACAGGGGGGAGUGCCAAAGGAAGACUGCCAAACUCACAGUCCCAGCACAAAAAGCUCAUAAAGAGGUGUUGCGGCUUCAUUAUGACCAUUACGGAGCAUGUGUGUCAGAGCAUCACUUAAUCAGAGUCACAGCACUUCUCCAAGCUGGCAGUGAGAACACCGUCAUCCUGCAAGAGGUUAACAUCCCAUUAAAAAUGCCUAAGCUUCAUAUCAAGGUUAUUGGAGAAGCAAUGGUAUCACGCAAGCUGACGGCACUUAUCUCCUUUAUUAACCCUCUACCGGUCUCUCUGAAAAGAGGGGUUUUUACAGUGGAAGGGGCAGGACUAACAGCGGUACAAGAAAUCCAGGCACCUGGUGAUAUUAAACCUGGUCAGGAUGUUGCAGUGAAGUUCUCUUUCAAACCUAUUCGAGCUGGCCUGAGAAAGCUGCUGGUCGACUUUGACUCGGACAGACUGAAAGAUGUCAAGGGUGAAGUAACUCUUAUUGUUCAGAGAAAAAGAUCUGAAAAUGCUUAA